AUGCUGCUUGAUGCUAUGGUUGGUCAAGACCAAACCCAUAGCCAAAAAGUGGUUGAUCUAGCCAGUAUCAACGAAAUACCCGGAGAUAUGCCUGCUCCGUCCAAGGAGAAGAAACAGGGCGAGGCCAAUGGCCAAGCUGCCAAUGGAAAUAUCCCACCUCCAAAGACAGACAAACCUCGGCCACAUGUCUGCACAACUUGCAGUCGCUCGUUUGCGCGAUUGGAGCAUUUGAAGCGCCAUGAACGCUCCCACACCAAGGAAAAGCCCUUUGAGUGCCCCGAUUGCGCCCGGUGUUUUGCGCGCCGUGAUCUGUUGCUUCGGCAUCAGCAGAAAUUGCACAUGACGACAACCCCAUCUUCUCGUCCGAGGAAUGGCCGUCGUGAGAGUACCGGCGCUGCAGCCCCCGGCGGUGCUAAUCGGGUUCGUAAGAACUCCAUCGCUAACAACUCCUCUUCAUCUUCCAUGCGCCCCAGAGCCAACACAAUCAGCCACAUCGAUGGCGCAGGAUUGGGGAUCGCUAACUCUGGCAACCCUUCUUCUGCCCCUACCCAAUCGGGUCAUACGUAUCAUCCCAGCUUGGGAUCGCUUCCUUCCAACAUGGAUUAUCGCGGUUUUAGCUCCGGUCACCCCCACCAGAGCGGCCUUCCCAAGAUUGAAACUUCAGGAUUGCCCAUGGACAUGGCUGGUGGAUUGCGGACAGCCCCAGUGUACGGGAGCUUUGAUUUAGGCAUCGACGGUAUGCUGAUGGGCCAUGGAAGCACAAUAAAUCCGGCGCAAUUACACUUUGCAGGUUCCCCUCAGGGCUUUGGUGACUCCCCCUCUCCCCCGUUUGGCCACCACCCCCAUGGCAUGCACUCCGCAACGGAUCCCAUGAUGGACGACGAAAUGAACUUUGACUGGAUGAACGGCUUUGACGCCGCCGUAGCGCUAGGGAAUGGAAAUGACUCGGUAAUCGACGAGUCAUCCCCGUCGGCCAUGAGUACGGGUAGCCAGAGCGGUAUCAGCGAGGCCAUGCUAGAUGGUCCGAACCGCAUCCCUAUCUCCAAUGGCUGGCACAACCCGUUCCCUACUCACCCAUCCUCCGCCAACCAGUUUGCGACAAUCGACUUUUCGCCCACCACCUUGAAUGAAUUAGGGAUCCCGCCAGAGACCGUAUCCCCCAAGGCACUUCAGAUGGCCCAGAAUCCGUUUGCCGAGUCAUAUGCUACCCCUCCAUCAAUGACUUCGGUCGGCCAGCCCAUCGUGGGAGGACAUUCGCAGAGUAUGUUAUCAUCCUCAAUGGCAACAAGCGGAGAAUCUCCUAAUCCUCUCAACGUUCCUUUCCCGAAUAGUGCCCUACGAAAUCAACAUUCCCCACUCUCAACGGAUACAUUUACAGACUCCACACGACAGGCUCUACUAGCGAGCAUGUCGCAACCCACUGGCUUCAAUCACCGCAAGUAUUCUCAACCCGCAAGUGGCCUCCAAAACAGCCGAGAACUAUUCGCCCGCUCGACUGCCUUCAACAGCUCCGGCCAAUUGCCUAGUACCACCGAUCUGCAACGAUAUAUCUCGGCCUACCUCAACUACUUUCACCCACACUUGCCCUUUCUUCAUACCCCGACCCUCAACUUUCAGGCCCCCGAAUAUACCAAUAAUCUGCGCACCCCGAGCGGUCACCUUAACCUAAGUUCCACUGGUGUGUCCGGCGGAGGAGGCUGUUUGAUCCUCUCAAUGGCUGCCAUUGGUGCAUUAUACGAACACGACCCGGCGGCCUCCAAGGAACUAUUUGAGGCCGCCAAGAAGAUGAUUCAGCUGUACCUAGAAGAGCGGAGAAAGGCCGAUAUGUCUGCCGCUCUAAGUCGUUCAAAUACAGCCCGUGACAACUCUGUUCAUACAACACCGCUGUGGCUGGUCCAGGCGAUGCUGUUGAAUGUGAUAUAUGGCCACACUUGUGGGGAUAAGACAUCAGCAGACAUCGCUAGUACGCACUGCGCUGCACUGGUCAGCUUGGCCCGUGCAGCUGAAUUGACUCACCACUUGGACCCGAAACACCUCCCUCAAGACCAUCUAACCGCUGGAAUCAACAUUUCAAAUGAUACGGAAGACUGGAUGUCUUCAUCAUUUAGCCAACCCAAGGAAAGACGGGACUGGUUGAACUGGAAGGUGGUUGAAGAGCGGAAGCGCACUCUUUACGCGAUCUUUACCCUCUCAAGUUUCCUUGUGUCCGCAUAUAACCACGCGCCAGCUUUGACAAAUUCCGAAAUUCGACUUGACCUACCCUGUGAAGAAGACCUAUGGGCUGCCGAGUCUCCUCAGGCCUGGAAAAAGAUGGGAGGCCAAACUGCUUCCAAGAAAAGCGUUUCAUUUUCAGCUGCCUUGACUUCCCUUCUCACAGCCAGCCAACGACAGCAACAAAACCAGUCCCAGAAUCUUUUCUUCAGUGGCGGCAGCACAGAUGAUCCAAUAAAUGCGGAAAACCGGCCCAGCACGUUCGGCUGUCUCGCUCUCAUAUAUUCACUUCACAAUUAUAUAUGGGAAACCCGGCAACGGCAUAUGGGUCGACAAUGGACCUCCCAAGAGACCGAAGCAAUGCAAUCACAUAUUGAACCCGCGCUACGCGCGUGGCAAGCAGCUUGGGCGAGUAACCCGGUACAUAGCCUCGAACGUCCGAAUCCCUUUGGUGCUGGGCCUUUAUCAGCAGACAGCAUUCCAUUACUGGAUUUGGCGUAUGUUCGAUUAUUUGUUAAUCUGGGUCGCACCAAAGAGGCAUUCUGGCAGCGAGACUGGAACGGCAUGGCAGACGAACUCGCUCGUGGGGGUGAGGUUUUCCAACAGAUCGACACGCCAAUGGGUGACGUUGUGGAUCCUUCCCUAACUGGAUCCCUCGAUGGUCGACGUGAAUCGAUCAGUGAUCUUGGAGUUGCGGAUCUCGCAAUUUCCAAAACCCCAACCCAAGAGCAGCCCAUGCAGUCCUUGUCAAGCGUUUAUAAUAUCGGACAGUCCAAGCGUGAAAAGAAUCUCCGCAAGGCAGCUUUCUACGCCGCCGACUCCAUCUCCAUGUCGGAUCGACUGGGCAACACCUUUGCCGAAUUCUCGUCAAGGGAAUUGCCAAUUCAGUGUGCGAUGUGUGCCUUUGACUGCUCACAGGUACUUGCUGAGUGGAUCACUACAGUUCAAGAACGGGUCGGGCCCUACCUCGGUAUCCUUGGUCGAGACAAUCUCGACCUGACCCAGGUGCCCGGGGUCAUGUUGCUUGAAGAUGAAGAUUGCAAGCUAGUGGACAAGAUUAAUGAGAUUCUCAACAAUGUGGAGACCAAGAUGCAGCGCGAGGUACAGAACAAUAACUCCAUGUCAGCGCUUAGUGUUAUGCAACGUCUGCCAAGCGUGGUGGAAGGAGGAUACGGAUGUAAAAUAUUGAUUGCUACGGCAAGCCUAUUGGACCGGGCUGCCGUUUGGCCAGUGACGAAACUGAUGGUCCGCUCACUUGAAGCACAGGCUGUGCGAAUGAAGGAGCGAGCUGAGCACUCCGUUAUGAUGAACACCUAA